GCACAUACUAUUCUUUGCACAUGAUUCAGCAUUCGAAUCCCAGUCUUUUUGCAUCGUGACAAAGCCUUUAUUUUAAUGUUAACGACAUUAUUGAGGGAAGAACCAAUCGAAGCGAUCAAUUCGAUGGGUCCAAUUACAGCACACAGUUCAUUUUCGAACAACUGCUGACAAGUUUAACGAAAACAUUUGGCAUACACAGCGCUCUUGUCGCUUUGAUAGUGGUGUUGUAUCGUAGUCUAUUGUGGAAUUCAACAAGCGUCGAUUGAACCGAUCAAAGAGGACAGAUGGAGAAUAUAGGACCUCUGUCGGCUACAGAAAAAGUUCUAAAGUACUACUAUCUUCUGAGAGAUAUACUUAAAAAUUUAAGUUCCAAAGACUUAAUGACAGCCGCGAAGGUUUGCAGGCACUGGCGAGAAGCUGCCGAUAAUGUGAAGCGAAGAAGAAAAGAUCCUUGUCUCCUUGCAUUCUCCCCAAUAGCGUCUACUAGUUAUAAAGCGCUGAAAGGUCAAAUGGAGAAUAUAAGAAUUUUACCAAGGAUAGGAUUUUGUUUUCUUCCCAAAUGUCUUGCAACAACAGACGCCAUGUGUGUAAUAGAUGUGCUACCCAAACGUUGCGAGAUUAUAUACUUCACUGGUAGUACAUAUGGCAUUGCAAGUAUAUAUGGUAUUGCAAGCAAUCGAGAAAUACACUGUAUGACACAUGUUGGUUCAACAUAUACAUUUUUACCAGAACUCCCGAACAUGAAAAUAAAAAUAUUUAUGCUGAAUAACUGCAGCAACAUAAAACAAUCACAUGAAUAUCAGGAAAUACUUAAAACAAUUUGUGAGACGUCUGUAUCACGUCACGAGAGAACUACAUGUUUUAUGUUAUUCUCUCCUUUUUCCAAGAUUUUUUAUACCAGAAACUUGAUAUUGCGUUGGAUAUCAGCCAUACGAGAAAACAAGGAAAUCACAAUUGAUUCCGUAUGGGGUGGUUGCUUCAACGGUGUUAUGUAUUCAACCAAUCAAAGUACUUAUACGCAACCUUGUACUGCUGUAAUGAUUACAGGCGCGAUUAAGUCAUGGUCUAUAAUUUUGAAUAAAGAUUGCAAGACAGAGGAUCAGAUCGAGGCAAAGUUAACGUUAUUCAAAGACAAAGUAAAGUUAAAGAAACACUCACUAGGAUUUAUGCUUCUAUCCAGGCCUUCUGAAGAAAGUAUGGACCUUGAUUCUGAAGAGGUAGCUGCAAUAUUCAAAGAAUUAUUCCCUGAAGUACCCUUGGUAGGUUACCGUAAUCAGGCCAUUUGGAACUUGUUUAAACCACCAACCAUUGAUGAAGAAAUGGAAGAUAAUUUGACUAUAUCUGACAAUUUGGAGUACACUGAAGAUGGUACUACGUUUUUCAUCCUUACGUAUGACGACUGAUGUUUUGAGAGAAACUAUGUGAGAGCAUUAUAUGACAUGACCAUGUUUUAUCACUCGCGCGCAUUGUGAGUCUUGGAUAUUGUGUUCACCGAUCGUUUUCUUUGUUAACAAGACAUUAAAGCAAUUGUGCUCCGAUAUUCACAAAAAAUACCUGCAGAUGAACGUCACAAAGCUAAAUCCGAGUACAAAAAUUUGUUGUUCUUAACUGUAAUUUGCAAACGCACGUUUUACACCAAUUUCAAAAUGAUGUCAGUGUAGAAUAAGAAUACCAAUUGUACUUUAUGAUAAUACAUACA